GCGCGAAGCACAAGGUCGUUCGCUCUGCCCGCGCACAUACGAAGGUCUUGAAAAUGGAGAAUAACCUGGCGCAACAACUGAACGUCGUCAAGGGUCAAGACAAAACGGCGAUGCUGCAAAGGUCCUUGAAUAAGAAGAACAUUGAGGGGUACCUGCAGAUGCGAGGACGGCAUAGAGGGUUGAAGGAAAUAACCAACACAUAUUCAAGGGACACAAAGGCACGGGAUGCUCUUAGUUUGCUGCGGACACUGAUCCGAGCCCCGAGCGCACCUCGCACUGUCAUUCCCAUGCAGAACCCUUCCGACGACAUCGACCUCAAGGCCAUCAGUGCUCGAGUGCUUGAACGCAACAAAAAAGUCCAAAUUCCAUCGCUCCCGGAAUCCUCCGUUCCAUCGAAUUCAUUUCAGAGUCGACACCAAUCGAACACCCAUGAAGACUUGACCGAAGAAUUCGACAGCAUAUUGGGCUCCGUGGACAUUGAUGCGGUGGUGGCGACAGCGAAGUCGAAGAAACGCAGCCCAGUUGUCGACUUAUCACGGAAUACCAUCACGCCGUCACCACCCUCGGCAACCCAUAGCUCCAAUUCCAGGAGUAACCAAUUCGUCGAAUUAUCUAGCAACGCAGCACCAGUUCAACACACUCGUCCAAUUGCCCCUUCGACAUCUACAUCAUCUGUCGCACCACUGAAUCAUCACACCAUGGCGAACUCGUCGAGGUUGGGAACAUCGUCCUCUCAUCUUUCCCUUGAGGAGAGCAUUGCACAAAUUCGUUCCAAGUUGCGCAAGGUUCGCGAAGCUUGCGACGAUGCAGCGUUGGAAGGUUUUGUUCCAGAUGAACUCGAUGAGCAAAAGGUGUUGCUUGAAGCAGAGCUGUCCACUAAAAUCGCCCAACUUCGUGCUAAGAACAGCCAAGAACAGGCCAUGCCCAGUUCAAGUCAGAUCCAAGAUACAAUCAAUGAAAUUCGUCGAAAACUCCGACAAGUUCGGGAAGAAGUGGACGAUGCAUCCCUCUUUGGAGACGUCCCCGACGCCCUCGAAGCAGAAAAAGCGCGGCUUGAGCAAUCCCUUGCCCACCAAAUUCAACUGUUCAAGCAAGCUCGGAAUAUCGCGCCGCUUCCACUAGCCAUGGCACCGUCCUUGAACAAUACAGCGCCCAAGAGUUUCGUUCAAACGCCACAUGACGACGCACCAGUGAGCGCCUCGACCUCAUUUGCAACAAGAUGCCAUGACACUUCACGGGUGGGACCACAAACGUCCACGGGCCCGACUAACGACUUCCAAGUUCGAUGCACCUGUGGACAAGUGACUAGCACACAAAAUGUGUCGUACGGGAAGAAUGCAGGACGUGCGUUCAAUCGAUGCGAGUCAUGUGGAUUCCAUUCGUGGGUUGACGGAAGCAGCAGUUCGUCGGUAAAUUCCAGCGCCGCAUCGACUUGGAAUGCUGGUCACUCGACCGACUGCCCACCACCGACGGGUCCACAGCUGGCGGAAAAGAUGAAACGCGCCAAGUUCUUACUCCGAGACGUGUUUGGUCAUUCGUCGUAUCGACCAGGACAAGAACGAAUUGUUCAAGAAGCGUUGUCAGGAAAAGAUGUGUUUGUCUUGAUGCCUACGGGAGGAGGCAAGAGUCUAUGCUACCAACUUCCCGCGUGCGUAGAUGACGGGGUGUCCAUUGUGAUAUCACCACUGGUGUCGCUGAUCGAAGACCAGACCCAGCAAUUGCAGGCGCUCGACGUAAAUGUUGCGCUCUUGAAUGGCGACCAAGACUACGAAACUGUCCAACGCCCGAUCAUCUCGCAGCUAUUUUCCAACAACAUCACAAUCAAGAUGUUGUACGUCACGCCGGAGAAGAUUGCAUCCAGUGGCCAACUUGGCAAGUUGUUCGAGUCGCUGGCGUCGAGAAAACUCCUCGCUCGGUUCGUCGUCGAUGAAGCCCACUGCAUCAGUCAGUGGGGGCAUGAUUUUCGGAAAGACUAUAUGAACUUGGGCACGCUGCGCAUUCGAUAUCCUAACGUUCCAAUCAUGGCUCUCACCGCCACUGCAAACUCGCAAACCGAAACGGACAUUGUGAAGAAUUUGCGUCUCUCCAACCCAUUUGUGACCCGGACGAGCUUCAAUCGACCGAAUUUAUCCUACGACGUUCGACGAAAAGGACCAAAGUUUAUGGACGAAUUGGUGUCGUUUGUGAAAGAUCGCAUGGAUCAAUCGGGCAUUAUCUACUGCUUAUCCAAGAAGGAUUGCGAAAACACAGCAGACAAAAUCAUUCGGACGUUGGGCCUUGAGGGAACCUCAAAGGCCAAGAAGAUCUCGUUCUAUCACGCUGGCCUUGAUCCCGUUGAUCGAUCGAAACGUCAUCACGAGUGGAGCAAAGGCAAAAUCAAGCUCAUUGUUGCCACAGUUGCGUUUGGUAUGGGGAUCAACAAGCCCGACGUGCGCUAUGUAAUUCAUCACACGAUUCCGCAGUCAGUCACGCACUAUUACCAAGAGUCGGGACGUGCCGGUCGUGACGGGGAACACGCCACGUGUUUGCUCUACUACUCGUUUAAAGAUUUGUCGCGUCGACGGAAUUUGAUUGCUCAAGAUCGCGACAACCUCCAACACCAGACCGUGCACUUUCAAAACCUGCGGCGCAUGGUCGAGUUUUGCGAAAACCAAGUCGAGUGCCGACGAACUAGUCUCCUCGAGUACUUUGGCGAGCAUUUUUCCAACAAAAACUGCCAUCAAACGUGCGACAACUGCAAGGCGAGGUCAAAUGGUGCUGAGUUUGAGAAGAAGGACGUUACUGCCGACUGCUUGAAGAUCUACAACAUCGUCGAACGAAGUUCGAGCGAGAACGAGUCGCUGACUGUUGUGCAAGCGUCCGCCGUGUUUAUGGGGACAAUUAGCAAAGAACAGCAGAAGCGACGGGCGUUUCUGGAAGGCUUUAGUGAAUUUGGGGCGGGCAAAGGGCGGUAUGAUCGUAGCGAAGUCGAGCGAAUCAUUUACAACAUGAUCUUGCGCCAGUACUUGGACGAGAUUGAAAAGAAAAACGUGAUGGGCUUUUCAUCGAACGUGCUCGUCGCUGGUUCACAAGGACGAAAGCUGGUUCAGGGUGAGACGGUUGCUUUGGUGUGCAAGACCAAGAGGCAGCAACUGAUUUCCGCACCGCCUGUGUCUACUGCUCCUGCUCGAAAGGAAAAGGAGAACGGCAAGUCGAAGAAAGCCAAAGCUCCGGCUAAGCAAUCCACCCACCACAACGUGGUGCAUCUCACGGAAGAGGACAACGACGUGAUUGACAUGUUUCCGGUCAUGCCGCACGCUCGGGCGAAACCGAUGGGGGCGAGGGUGUCCAUGCACCACGUGGAAGCGUUGCACCAGUUGCUUAUGGACUGGCGCGCCAGCGUCUGCGACAAUUUCGAUGUGAUGCCUUACCACAUUCUCCCGACGUCGGGAAUUGUCGCGAUUUCCGAAGCUGUUCCGAUCACGUGUGCCGAGUUGAUGGCCAUCGAAGGUGUCGGCCGCACUCGUGUGAAGAAGUGGGGCGAAGCGAUCAUCGAAAUUGUCAAGUCAUAUUUAACCAAGAACGGCAUUGAACCGACCCCGUUGCCGGCUGGGUACUUGGACCAAACUAACGAAGAGAUUUCUCCCCCCAAAGAAGUCAAAUCGUCCAAAGCAAAGUCGCCCUAUUUCAAUCAGUCGAAACCUCCACCGCGCGACGAGUUCGAUGACGGCAUGGACUGGGCCAUCGUCGGUGACAUCGAGACCUCCGUACCUGCCAAAAGGACUGCGGCGCAUGCUACAAUUGACUUGAGUCGCGAAACACCCAAGCGUAAGAAAGUGUAAGGCUCGCCUCCUCCGUCAAAACGCUGCUGAGCCUUAAGUGAAUUCCAUGCUUCCGUCCCUCAUUUCAAACAUCGAGCAAAUCAAGAGACAGUGGGUGGUUCAUCUUUCUUGUUUCAAGACUUCUCACAACUCGGUUCGUUCGCCGUGUAUGUGUGUCGGUGGCGCUGUCGACGGCGCAGGAGGGGGCGUCGCGUCCGUCGUUUGUGGA